ACUUCUAACUUCUUUGUUUUUGUAAAAUUGUCAACUCCAAAUGUCAAAAAACAAAUUUUAAUCAUUUUUUUAUAUAAACAAUAGAUAUUUAAAUAUUAAAUGGCAUCGAUUCGCGUUCCCGAACAAAAAGUAAUUCUAUGUGGAGAGUACGGUGUAGGAAAAAGUUCAAUUUUUAGAAGAUUUGCAAACAAUACUUUUGUAACAGCCACAGAUCGAAAAUCAACUUUGGGAUUGGAUCAUUGUUCUAAAAUAUUUCAGUUAUCUGAUAGAGAUUUGAAGUUGCAAUUAUGGGAUACAGGAGGAAUGGAAAGAGUAGCUUCUAUUACGUCCAGUUACUAUAAAUUCGCCGAAGCAGCAAUCUUAGUUUUCUCUUUUGAUAAUCCCGCUUCAUUUCACGUCUUAUCCCAACAUUUAUUAGAUAUAGUUACAUAUGCAGAAAAUGCAAAGAUAUUUUUAUGUGGAAACAAAUGCGAUUUAAUCGGAGAUACGCCACAAAUAACUGACGGAGAAAUCGAAGCUUUUUGUGAACAAUGUCAUAACCUCGUUUCGGGAAUUUACAAAACUUCCUGUAAAACAGGUGAGGGUCUAGAAGCAAUGUUCAAAGAUGUAGCAGCUCAGUUAGUGAAUAUGAACAGAUCUAGAUUGGAGUUACAAAGUAUGGAACAGCAUGGUUUUAAGAUAAUUCCGUAUGAAGAUGAACCACAAGACAACAAUUGCAUAUGUUAAAUUUUAUAAAAAUAAUACUCUCUUAGAUAAUUACUUUUUAUAUAAAUUAUCUAAAAAAAUUUGAUUUAUUUCAUCUAGAAGCCAAAAAAGCUUGAAUUCUAUAGUGAAACUAGUCCAAGUUGAGUGAUUUGUCUUGUGAGGAGGUUAUAUUGGUUAUUUUCCAUUUUUCCUUUAAUUAGGUUGUGAUUAUACAGUUAUUGAAUGUCCUGGAGUAUUUUAAAAUGUUUUGAAACUAUUUUGAAGAACAUAAAAAAAUUCUAGAGUCUUGGAAUGGUUACAAAAACAGAAAACGUCUAGAAUAAAAAGAAAUUGAUAUUUCUAAUUCAUAAAAGCGUCAAAAUUUCUAAUAGAAAGUUGAUUUCUGGUGUAAAAAUUACCAUUACCAAGUAUAAAUACUUUUUUGUAAUCUAUUGUCGAGAAUCUGUGAUUAAAUCGUAGUUUUACUUACCAAAUUUUUACAGGUAAUUAUAGUUCGUAUAUUUUCAAAUGUAAUACUGAUUUAUUAACGUUUUAAUUAAUUAUUUUGAAAAUUAACUUUUAAAUAAUACCUGUAUAAAAUACUGACAAUUUUUUUAAUGAAUCAGUUUAUUGUAUGAUUCAAGGAUUGAAUUAGAAGAUUCGAGAUUUGUGAUGGCGAUAUUAACAUUUAAAAUUUUAUUGUUCAAAAAAGUAUGUAACAAGAACUGAAUUUUUUUAAUAAAAAAAUUUCUUGACUU